CCAGUUUUAGUAAACCCGACACCAUUUUAGCUAAGAGCGGUCCCGGUGACCGGCGAGCGUGUCUUGUGUAGAAGCACCGGUGUUUUCUGUACGCUGCAGCGGGGGAUGAACGGCCGAGCGGGUUCUUAUAAAUGUCGGAUUUCAUUAUUUGUCGGCCUACCGUGAAGUGGCGGCGGGGGCGGCUGUGGCGGCGGCGGGGGCGAGAGGGACGGGACGAGACAAGACCGAGACGGGGUCCGUGAGGAGGGUGGGUGCGUACACAAAAUACUUUCCCUUUAAAGCGGAGAGGGACAGAGGGGGUGAAGGAGACAUAAAAAAAGAAAAGGAAGAAAGACAGAGAGGGAGGGAGGGCGAGAGAGAGGGAGAGAGAGUUUUCAAAAAAAGAGAAAGAUGUCAUCCUGUCGAUCGAAACACCGAGGCGGAGCCAUGGACCAAGGCCGACCAGGAGCUCUCUAGUUAGGCGACGAGCUGUACGCAACGCCGAGGCUUGGGAUCCGACGCUGCGGCCUUUUUUCCCCCGGAGCUAUCGCAAAAAUAAAAACAGCUGCUAUGAUUAGCACAACAUCAUCUUCUGUAUAAAAAUAACCGCUAUUUUGCAUGCAAUUCACCACAUUUUUUAAAAUAACAGUAGACAUAAGCAAAUUAUAAUUAAAAAAUGCACCAUUAAAACAAGCAUGAACCAUUUUGUCGCAUUUACAAAAAGCCUCUUGUUUAUCGCCAUAAGAUUAAUAAUUCAUAACUCAUAGCAGCCGAAUCACUAAUAAGUGUUAACUGAUUUAUAUCGUCUGAUGUCAUUAUAUAUUUUCCAAGAAUUAACCCGGGCAGGUAGAUAAGAGAUACAGGCCUCAGAUUGUGUUUUCAUAGCAGCAGCUGGAGCGUUUCUUCCGGGGCUCCGCUCCCCUCCUCCCUCCCCUCUUUGCCUCUCUGCUCCCGGGCUGCCUCGCUGUUGCUCCCCGGUGUUCAGCAUGGAUACCUCCUGGAGUAAUUUCCUCUUUCAGACGCCGUCGACUCAGAGUCAAGCUGAGACGCCUCUGCAGUCUGAGCUGCUGCCGGAGCUCACCGGCUCGGCUCAGAGUCCUGCAGACGAGCACGCCGUCACGCCGCCGUCCACCGUCGACACCGCCGCCCUGAGCGAGGACCCGCUGCCUGUGAAACCGGUCCCAAAACCGAGCCGGCCAGCCCACAUCUGCGCCACCUGCAACAAGGAGUUCAAGAACAGCUACAACCUGCGGCGCCACCAGUCGGUGCACACGGGCAUCAAGAUGAAGGACCGCGCCGCCCGGGAGAAGGAGGACGGAGGGAGGCCGGGGGCGGGACGGGGAGAGAAGCAGACGGUGCCUCUCUCCCUCCUGCACCUCACCCUUCCCCCCCAGCAGCCGCCUUCGCUUCCCCACGACGCCGUCUCCGAGACCCUCCCCCAGCACGGUCAGCGGCACGCCAUCCAAGAGGGCCUGCCGGUGUCUGUGUCCAUCGCCCAGGCAACAGUAACCAUGGCUGCACCGCCUCAACCCGUCCAGGCAGCCGUUGUUGUCGUGGGCUCCCUGGAGCAGAAUCCAAACCCCAACCCCUGCACCAACCAGGUGAGGAAGAACCACGCCUGCGAGGCCUGCGGGAAGGCCUUCAGAGACGUGUACCACCUCAACCGCCACCGCCUGUCGCACUCGGACGAGAAGCCGUACUCCUGCCCCAUCUGCCAGCAGCGCUUCAAGAGGAAAGACCGCAUGAGCUACCACGUGCGCUCGCACCAGGGCGGCGUGGAGAAACCCUACAUCUGUCCUCACUGCGCCAAGGCCUUCUCUCGACCGGACCACCUCAACAGCCACGUCCGACAGGUGCACUCUACAGAGAGACCGUUCAAGUGCACGACGUGCACGUCAGCGUUCGCCACACGGGAUCGUCUCCGCGCCCACCUGGUGCGUCACGAGGAGAAGGUGCCGUGUCACAUCUGCGGGAAGCUGCUGUCUGCUGCGUACAUCACCGACCACAUGAGGGUCCACAACCAGUCGCAGCACCACGCCUGUCACCUCUGCAACCGCAGCUUCACCACGCUCACGUACCUGCGUGUCCACGCUCAGAA